AUGAGUGGUUACGAUCGUGCUUUGUCUAUCUUCAGUCCUGAUGGACAUGUUUUCCAGGUUGAAUACGCUUCCGAAGCGGUUAAGAGAGGUACCUGUUCUGUUGGUGUCAAAGGUAAAGGUUGUGUGGUAUUAGGGUGUGAAAGAAGAAGUACUUUGAAAUUACAAGACCCAAGAACCACCCCAUCUAAGAUUUGCAAAAUUGAUGACCACGUCUUGUUAUCCUUUGCGGGCUUAAACGCUGACUCUAGAAUUUUGAUAGAUAAGGCCAGAGUGGAAGCUCAAUCACAUAAAUUGAACUUGGAAGAUUCCGUGAGCAUAGAUUACAUCACCAGAUACAUUGCUGGUGUCCAACAGAAAUACACUCAAUCUGGUGGUGUUAGACCAUUUGGUCUUUCUACCUUGAUUGCUGGUUUUGAUACAAAUGAUACCGUGCCAAAGUUGUAUCAAACCGAACCAAGUGGGGUGUUUAGUAGCUGGAAGGCCAAUUCCAUAGGUAAGAACUCUAAGACAGUUCGUGAAUUUUUAGAAAAGAAUUACGUUGAAAACAUGACUGAAGAAGAAACCAUCACUUUGGCUGUUAAAUCAUUAUUGGAAGUUGUGCAAACCGGGGCCAAGAACAUUGAAAUCAGUGUCAUGACCCCAACUAGCAUCAAAAGAAUGACAAAUGAAGAAAUCAAGGUGUAUGUCGAUAAGAUUGAAGAGGAGAAGAAAAUUGAAGCUGAAAAGAAGAAGCCAAAGAGCAGACAAGCUUGA